AAGCACCCCGUAUUACGGAGUACCCGGGGUUAGUAUAUACGGAGUAUAUUUAUAUAUAUCGGGCAUAUCUUCUACCCAUAGCCAGUCCAUAACAUUUCCAGGGCAUAAUAGCUUCGAGGAAAAUAGAUGGAGGGCGGUCCGCAUAAAGCAGAUAAAACGGAAUUCACAGAGUGUUGGAAGGCUAUAUGGAGAACGCCUUACAUCAUGAGGCUUGCAUUGUCUGCUGGCAUUGGUGGCUUUCUCUUCGGUUAUGAUACUGGUGUUAUUUCUGGUGCAUUGCUGUACAUAAGGGAUGACUUUAAGGCUGUCCAGAAGCACACAUGGCUGCAGGAAAUGAUUGUGAGCAUGGCAGUGGCAGGUGCUGUCGUAGGUGCUGCAUUUGGUGGAUGGUUGAAUGACAAGUUGGGUAGAAGACUAGCAAUUAUAAUAGCUGAUGUGUUGUUCUUUUUCGGAGCUUUAAUGAUGGCUCUUGCCCCAACUCCCUGGCUCAUAAUUAUCGCCAGGGUAUUGGUUGGGAUUGGUGUUGGAAUGGCAUCCAUGACUGCACCACUGUAUAUAUCUGAGGCCUCUCCGGCUAAAAUUAGAGGUGCUCUAGUCAGUGCUAAUGGUCUGCUAAUCACCGGUGGACAGUUUCUGUCAUACCUCAUCAACUUAGCAUUCACCAAGGCACCAGGCACGUGGCGUUGGAUGCUCGGUGUAGCUGCAGUUCCUGCUUUUGUUCAAUUCAUAUUGAUGAUCUUUCUCCCCGAGUCACCUAGGUGGCUGUAUCGACAGGGCAAAGUAGAAGAAGCCAGGGCGAUUCUGGAGAAGAUCUAUCCUGUUAACGAAGUAGAACAUGAAUUGACGGCUUUGCAUGAAUCUGUUGAGCACGAGAAGGCAGAAUCCAAAGCUAUAGGAGACAACAUAUUUGCUAAACUGAAGAGUGCUUGGGGGAACACUGUUGUCCGCAGGGGUCUCUAUGCAGGCGUAACAGUUCAAGUGACACAGCAAUUUGUCGGAAUCAAUACCGUCAUGUACUACAGCCCGACAAUUGUGCAACUUGCUGGGUUCGCCUCAAACCGGACUGCUCUAAUGCUGUCCCUCAUCACAUCUGGUCUCAAUGCCUUUGGGUCUAUCAUCAGUAUGUGCUUUGUUGACAGAUAUGGGAGGAGAAGAUUAAUGAUCAUCUCAAUGCUAGGCACCAUUGUAUCCCUUGUGGUACUUUCGGUCCUGUUUAAACAAGCUAGCAUCCAUUCCCCGGCAGUCAGCGUUCGCGAAUCCGAUCACUUUGGGUCAAACUCCACGUGCCCAAGUUUCUUGAAAGCACCAAGCCCGGCUUCUUGGAAUUGCAUGUCGUGUUUAGGAGCAUCUCAGUGCUCCUUCUGCAGUAAUUCAGUCAGUAAAUAUAAUCCGGGGGCAUGCUUAUCGGCGACAGAUGCAGUGGAAGGGAUGUGCAAGUCAGAAAGACGUGGAUGGUACACCCGAGGUUGUCCGAGCAAAUUUGGGCUCUUUGCGGUCUUAGUCCUCGGGGCGUACAUCAUAUCGUAUGCACCGGGCAUAGGAACCGUGCCCUGGAUUGUCAACUCUGAGAUUUACCCCUUGAGAUACAGAGGCAUAGGAGGAGGGAUUGCCGCCGUUUCUAAUUGGGUGUCAAAUCUCAUCGUGAGCCAGACCUUUUUAACCCUUACCGAGGCUCUCGGUCCUUGGGCCACAUUCCUCUUGUUUGCUGCGUUUGCACUCGUUGGCCUUACCGCCAUCUUCUUGCUUGUGCCCGAAACCAAAGGGUUGCCAUUCGAGGAGGUUGAGAAGUUGCUUGAGAGAGGGUUCAGACCCAACAUUUUCCGUCGCAAGUCUAAGGAUAAUGCACCCCAGCAGCAGCCAUCACAAGUUCACAAUGUGUUGUGAACGUGUUUUUUUUUUUUUGUAUUUAUUUAUUUAUAGUAAUCCUGACAGUAUUUUUAGAUUUGGGAAAUAAUGAACUACUAAAUCU